AUGGGGGCCAAGACCGCUAGCAAGCGAAAAGGAAAACCACGUGGGAUUCGUCGGGACCGGGAUUGCCAGAGCUGCAAACUUCGAGGCAUCAAAUGCGAUCUAAACAGACCGCGGUGCCAGCCAUGCGUGGAGUCUGGACUGCCAUGUGGUGGCUAUCCCCAGAGAGUCGUCUGGGCUACAGAGUCGAAUUUCGGACAGAGGCGGGCCCGUGAGACCACCACCGCAACCACGCCGGCAUUAUCACAAGAAUCGACAUCACCGCCAGAUGACGGUCCUAAACCGACCGCUAGCAGCACACCACACGAAGAAGUGGCCACGAGUUUGCCGAUGCAUGACCGAUAUAUGACUUUGAACCAGUACAGUUUUAUUAAACGUCUCACCAGCUUCUACGAACAAAUCAAAGACGCCGACAGUCAAUCGCGAGGAGGAUAUCUUUCGCCAGAAGCUGUUGAGCUUGUAUCGCGGAUAUGGGAUUUUAUCCGUGCUAAGAUGAAGGGUCACGAAACAGCAGACGACUCCACCCAAAAGCACCUGAUAGACGCCGUUCACUUCCACGUCGAGGCAUUGAUGAGAUUGACGGAAGCCAUUGAUAAGGCCCACCCAAUUGCGUUAUUCGGGAUCGCGACAUUUGCGUUUUUCGAGGUCUGCGACGGCUCCUUUGGAGAAUGGCAAUGCCAUCUGAACGGGGCUCGUUCGUUGCUUGACUUCCACUGUCGCAACAAGGCAGACCUUGAUCGGCUGUCGCAUGAAAUUGUUGGCAUCAACGAGAUUGUCGCCCAUCUCGUAUGGUUUGACACCAUGGGUGCCAUCGUUCGGGGCAGCAAGGGGCUCAUUUUCGACGACUGGCAUCGUGAAACCCUCAGUGAUGGGUUCUUCGCGGGAGUUGGCUGCCCGCUCGACACAUUCCAUCUGUUCGUGACCCUAGCCAAGGCAGGGAAUAACAUGACGGCGCUUGACCUGAGUUUCGAGGCCUUGGAUCAGCUGCUGCUAUGCGGCGAGCCCAGCUCGACCGAUUCGGCACUCAUCGAGAACGCAUGGCGCUGCACAGCAGCCAUCGCCAUCCUCAGCCAGAUCGGCAACGCAGGCUCGUUAUCGCGGCGGAAGGCGCUCUCCACCGCAGUCGACAGAGCAUGCAGAGUCAUUGCCAUCAUCCCGCCUAGCUCGGGGAUAUACAUCCAUCUGGCGGCCACGGCCUAUCUAGCUGGCAUACACGCCACGCAUCCUCGACAGUGCGAGGUUGUGAGAUCGUACUGGCGCAAUUGCCGGGCAUCAGACUUCCCGCGGUAUCCGGACGGACAAGCCAAGUGCGAAGAGAAAUGGCGCGCAGAGGGUCUGGCAUGA